GAUAUCGCGCGCUUCGAUAGUACCCGGAGUAUCGGAGUAUGGCCGAAGGCGGACUCUCAUGUCCGCUAAAGACAAAAUAGCGAGCGAUCGGAGCAGCAGCGGACGCGACAGCAGUGCAGCAGCAUCAGCCGCGACGUUAUUAUGCCCGAGUUAAAGGUGUUCUAUUGUCUGUUCCUGUUGACGCUAUUGGACGCGACGUCGCAAAUCCGGCCGUCGCUGCACGGCCACAACAAUGCCUUUGUUCAGGAUGACAACGACGUUCAAUAUCUUUUGGAUAAUAUGCCAAUAUCUAUGCAUAAGGAUUUUGCUAAUACAGUACAUGGGGCUGGGGAUGCUGCAUCGGACGAAGACAAAAUGGAAGAUUCAUUCUCUCACAUUUCUUUUGAGCCAAGUAUCUUGGACUUCAAAGAAAGACAACUUGGUAUUCCUCACCAAGAAACUGUGAUCAUGUUUAACAAAGAUCACAAUAAAACUAUACAUCUUUCAUCGAUAUCGGGAAAUACUCGUCAUUUCCAUUCAUCGUUUUUUCAAAACAAAGUAAUUCCACCUCUGGGGAAUACAACAUUUAACGUAGUGUUCCUCGGUCGAGACGAAGGUGACAUUGAUACACACCUUUUUAUACAUACGUCAGAUGGGACACUAAAGUAUCAGGUCAAAGGAAUAAGUGUCAGUAGUCCUUAUAGACUCAGACCUGUAGUUGAUGUCAAGUUACCAUUAAAUGCAUCUUUUACACCUCUUAUAUAUAUGCACAAUCCACAUCCAGAAGCUUUACAAGUGAUGGAAGUAUAUAGUAGUGGCGGGGAAUUUCAAUUAGAAUUACCAUCGGGCGAGCCGGAAGGCACGCGUGAAUUAUGGGAAAUUUUGCCGUAUCAAACGAAGCCUAUCAUCAGACUAACUUUUAAUGCUUACGCAGAAAAGAAUCAUACAGCAUAUGUUAGAUUUAAAGUGAAUAAUACUGCUGAGAUCCUUGUGGUGGCAGUUGAAGUAGAGGUCAAAAGUGGAGCUGGUCUUCAUUGGGGUGGAAGUUCUGGAAUAAUUAAUUUAGGUAUGGGUGGUUCGUUGCAGCCGCCUAUUCACCACCCUAUUGCUUUAAAAAAUUCCGCGAAGAAAGCAAUUAAAGUUGUGAAUAUUAUAAAUACACCUGUAUCGAAAGCAUUAAAACUGCAUUUUGAGCCAGCAAUAAUUCCAGGAGAGACAGAUAUACCGAUCGCCAUUGGAAUGCUGGUUUACGAUUGGAAGACCGGUUUGGACUUGCAACACUUUAAAGGCAAAUUAAUAAUAAAAGCAAUAGGCCCAGGUGGUUCUAGUCAGAAAUUAGCAAUUCCCUGGGUAGCCCAAGUGCUGCAGGGUGGAUUAGAAGUAAACACAUCGAUUACACAUUAUUCUCCGCAAUCUAAUCAGGCCCGGAACUUUAGCGUGGUGAAUAAAUUUAAAUUACCAUUAGCUAUUACGAAUGUCACGAUGUGUUCGAACGCGAAAUCGCUUUUUACGAUAAAAGAUUUUACUCCUAGAGUAAUAAAACCUGAACAGAAGGUCAAUAUAUUUUCUUUACAACUUGCCAAAGAACGGAAGGGUGAUAAUGUGAAAAUGGAGUCGUCGAUAUUGAUACACUCGAACGUGUCGGUGACCGAGGUGCCGGUGUUGAGUUACGACGGCAAGCUAAAGAAAGUUAUGCUGGGCGAGAAGGAGGACGACGAGAUGGGAACAAUGAAUUUCGGUACAGUGGGAAGCAGUACCGAGAACGAGGUGAUUUUUGCACUAGAGAAUCCGAACCCCGUCAACGUGGAGUUACACAGCUGGGGCGUGAAUAUGCCUGGCGCGGUCUUGGAAUUGAUGGGUUGCCAAAACGGUCCCGCGGAUUUGUUGGAUAAGGAAUUUCGUAAUAUAACUGUAUGCAGCCAUUCUGGAAAUCAAUACAUAAAACCGGAGUUUCUGGCAAUCUUUAAGAUUAAAAUAAAGAUUCCGAUGGUUGAGGACACAAUUGUUGGCGAUGUUUUCGUGCGAACGACCUACGAGCGAUUUACCUUGCCGGUGUAUAUGCGAGUUGCGCACGGCAAGAUUUCCUUGAAGAAGCUCAUUUUUACUGAUUGCUUCCCUGGAUCGAUCUGUGUGCAACAAGUGAAGGUGCACUCUACGUUCUCGAGACCGAUGGAGGUGACUCAUAUCGCGCCUAUAAACAAGGACGAGAGGAUAAAGUACAUUCCGUUGGAGGAAGCCACGAUGCCUGUCAUAUCCAAGGGCGAGAAUAACGUCGGCUCGAUACAAAUCGAUCCCUCGGUGACUUGCAAGCAGCAGUGUUAUCUAGGUUUAUCGCUGGACACCAACGCGGGUAAUCAAUGGCUGAACACGAUGAGCCUCCCCUCGCACACUCGCGACUCCGACCUGAACUUUCUCAACACGCGACACGUGCGCUUUAUCAACUCCACCGCGGACGGCUCGUGGGAGAACGUCACGAUGCGCUUGGACACGACCGAGGUGCGCGGGCACAGAUUUUACGUGAACAUCAAGUCGUACUGGCCGAGCCUGUUGGCCGCCUCGAGUAGCAUAAAGAACAAGAGCGUCCUGAUGUUCCCGCUGACGCAGGUCGGAAACACGUCGUACAGAGCGAUCAAGCUACACAAUCCGAGCGCGAGUCCGCUGAUAGUUCAGCUGGUGAUGGACUGGAGCUAUCCUCAGGGAGCGCGUCUCUAUCACUCCUUGCCAAUGAAAUUCAAGCCCGUAUGCGCGGAAUGUUUGUCCACGAUCCCGGAGUUCAAGCUGGAGGAGAAUGCGGAUGAGCGAGAGCUGUUUGAGAAACAAUGGGGCGUGACGAUAGCGCCUCAGUCGCUUCCUUUAUAUUUAAACCCUUCGGAAACAAGGACGAUUCGCGUGGCGUACACACCAUUUUCCACUUCGGCGUCGUCUGGUUUUUUAUAUAUUAGAAAUAAUAUGACUAUUUUAGAAGUCCUACGUAUGAGCGGCCGAGGCGCGAGCGCACAAUUUAGAUUCGGCCAUCGCAAGCCGGGAUCGACUACGCCUCUGUUGUUCGAACUGACGGACAAGCAUCUAAAAGAUUGUGAACGAGAUCGCAGCAAACUUGUCACGACUCUCACCGUAAAACGAUCCUUCACGGCUAGAAAUACGGGGGAGCUGCCGAUCGAGGUUUACGGCUUCUACAUCAACGACUGGCACUGCGAGGGCUACGGCUUCAAGGUACUCGAUUGCACGCCCUUCAAAUUGAACCCGAACGCGACCAAGAGGGUCGAGAUAGCGUUCACCCCGGACUUCACGCUGUCGCGCGUGGAACGGAAGCUGCUGGUGAUGACGAGCAUGGGGCCGGACGCCGGCGAGAACGUGGAGAACGGCGUGGUGAUGCUUAACCUGCUGGCCACGCUGCCGGUGCACUCGUUGAAUUUGUGCGCGUCGGUGCUCGCCCGGCCGCCGUGGGAAGGCGCGAUGCAGAAGGCCGCUCUGAUCCUCUCGUCGGUGCUGAUGCUGUGCGUCGCCGUGAUCUCGUUCCUCGAGGCGGACCGAAUACUGCGGGAAGGCCUGGCCAAUUACUCGAGGGAAAACGCGGUGCAGCUGGCGCUGGAUCUGAGGCUGCUGUCGCAUAUCUCGACGCACAACAGCACCACGACGCAAGGAGGUAGCAGCGGCGGCGGCAGCGGUUGUGUCGCUAACGCUAAGAACGAGAAGACCGCGACGAGCGACGAGAGGAGCAAGCCGAGGAAGGACGAAACGUUCCCGGACUGGUCGUUAAUGAACGUGAAAAAGUGCAAGGACAAGGACGUGCAGAAGGGACUGAAGAUCCCGGACUGGUCCGCCGAGGAGGAACGUAAGUUCAGGUUGGACACCGAGUCCAAGGAUCUGCUGUCCUUCAAGCGAUGCGAGGAAUCGUCUAACGUGGAUAACGUUAACCCCGCGAAUGCGGCGAACACGUAUACGUCGAAGAAAAAGAACAGUAAGAAACAGGGCAACGUUCAAGAGGCUCAGCCAGACAAUUGCGUGACAAACGACGUGAUCGCGGACACUCAGUCGAUUCAGGAGAAGAAGUGUACUGUCAAUGCGGUAACGAAGUCGAGUCCGACGUCGAACAGAAAAGGAAGAACGCAGCCGAGCGUUAAAGACGAGCCAAAGUUGAAUGAUCACGAGAUACAAGCGGACGCGGCGAUAAUCAAUAACAAUCGGGCUAACAAGUCCGACAACAAGCGCAAUAAACAGACAAGUAGCAACGGAAGCAGCGGUAGCAACCAGAGUAAUCACGUUUCAUUGAAAAAGCUCGAGUCGGCGAGCGCACAAAAGGCCAUUCAUCUCUCGGAAGAAGAAACCUCGUCUACGACGACGGAGAGUUCAACUCACGAUGAAACGGCAUCGUGUAAAGGUUUUGAUCAACCGUGCGGGAAGCAAGAGAAGCUGCAAAGAAAGCCGAUAUCUAAGAAAAGCAAACCUCAGUCUAUUCCUCCUGUGCCAUGCAUAGAUUAUAAGGACAACUACGAAGGCGACUGUGAUGACGAUGAGUACGAUAAGGAGAAGCAGAAUAAUCCAAAUAGAUGGAAAACGAACACUACUAGGUCCAGCACAAAGCAUAUUCAUACCUCGCGUACCGUCGAGUCAUCCUUCAAGUUAUCACGUCAAAAUAAGAAUCCACCGCGGAAAGAGAAGACGGUGCAGAAACGUCGUGCAGCUGACAAACUGCAUAUUAAAUCCCCUCCCAUAAAUGGAAACAUAAGUCAAAAAGAGGAUGUAACGCGCAUCGUAGGAACGAUACCCACCCCCUUGCCACCGCCGCCCUCCUGUUGGGGCGAGAACAGGGCCAAGUUCAGCGACGUAGUGGCGCGAAGUCAAGAAAUCGUCCCGUUCUCCGCUUUAAAUCACGUGAAUCACAAGGGUCAAACGAGUACGUCAAAUCUGUCCACGGGAUUCAAUGCCGAUGUCAAAGCCGACGUUCAAUACGCGAAGCCACAACCGACGCAGGAGUCGUCGCAGACACCAAAGGAAAAACACAAUUUGACAAUGGCAAUUCCAGCUCCUCUCAAUAAUACAACUGUGAACAAAAACAAAUCACUCGAGUCUGAGCCUUUGAUUUUGCAGCCCGAACAAUCGCAACAUUCGAACAGCUAUUUCAUCAAUACUUUCACAGAACAUCCACAGUUUGAACGCGAGCUGGUGCCGUACGACGAUCUUCCAGAAACCGACGAGCCUUUAGUAGAAUUGGAGACCCCCGAAGAAGACACGCGGUGCCAAUUGUGGGAAGACACUAGUCCAAUGAUAAAUUUACUGUCCGAGGGUACGAACGGAUUUCAGUUGGAGUCGCCGAAAACCCCGGAGAAACCCGUUUUGUCUGAUUUAAAAGAUAAUUGGACAGUCGAUACGAACUGGGAACCAUUGCACAUUAGGGCAGCGGUCGGAGAGGAACGUAGCGGCGUGUGGGGAAUUAAUACAGGAGGUGUAUGGGCUGCGGCACCCUGGGGUGCGGCUGCGCCUCCCAUGAUAUCGCAAACAUUGCAGUCUGAGUCGGACACGCAAGAGAGAUCGGGAUUUGAUCCGUUCCGUUCGCUCAGCACAAUAUGGACACCAUCGUCGACGGAAUCAUGGCGAACGAAGCGCGAGGAUUAAUGACUUGAAAUUUUGAAAAGAGGUUUUAUCUUGUGAUAUAUCUUAUAUAUUUGUUUCACGAUUUGGGGGGGGAGGGGUGAAAGAUAAGAACGACGAUCUUUAAGGCGAUCCUAAACUUGUCUGUUUUCUCCAAAACGUCGCUGUUUUAUCGCGUUUGUGCGUAUGAAUGCGUGCGGUAUUGGUAUGGCAGUGUGUAGUGAUGUGUUCAUGUCUACUACCACAUCGAUUUCACACGUACACGCAUCUUAACAAAUUUUCAAGCACUUAAAUAUUUUAUGUAAGACAUCUAAGCCUAAUUUUAAGAGCUCAAUAUUGUUGGGACAUGUAGUUCGCAGCUCAGGCUGCUCCCAUUUUGUAUUAACAGACUGCCAAAUUUUUGUAUGAAACAAAUAUUGGCACACAUUGACAGCUUUAGAUCCUAUAUUGGAUUAAAAAUACGGAGAUUUAAAUUUCUUAAUUUUUUUCGUUCUCAGCACCUCUAUCAGCCUGAAUUAUAUUGAUACGUUUACUUUAAUCGCAAAAAAGGAUUGUUAAAUCCGUAAAUUGCAAUUAUGUUAACGGUGCGCUGGAAAAUAAUCACGUUCUAUAAAAACAGACGACUUUAGGAUCGCUUUAAAUGGCAAUGAGGUAAUUGCCGAGGGCCGCGAUUUAACAGAUUUUUGAAUCCAUAGAAAUUGUUAUGUUUUGUUGCUACUGCGCUGAGCGUACUUUGUGAUAUAAUUGUUACUAUUAUGUUACAACAUAAGUAACAACAGGUGAAUAGUCUCUUAAACGAAUUAUUUUCAUACAGUCUCUUAAAAACCAAAAUCUAGAUGUUAAUUCUUAUUCUAUUUCGUUAUUUAAAGCAACUAAGGUGAGAACUACUUUAAAUUAUUUGCAAAUAAGACUUCGUGCAGGAUAAUCUAAUAUCUUUCGUGUUGUUUUAAUUUGUUAACGAAAAACCGAACACAUGAUCGAUCAAUUAUAAUACAAGUGAAAUGGAAAUAGGACGUAUGGAAUUACAAAGAUCGAUAUAAAAAAAAAGAAAUGGAAAAAAAACGGAAAUACAGUUUCAUAUUGUAAUCGCAGCACACAUUAAUUUAAAGGAAACAACUAUAUCGUUAAACAUUGCUUAUAUAAAAAUUUAUAAUUUGCUCCUUUGACAACACACAAUACACCCUCUCUCUCUCUUCUCUUACGAUAUCGCCCGUGUAUGUAAUAACGCAAGGAAAAGAAAAAAGAAAGAAAAAAAGAGAACCAUCAUAAUAUUCGAGAGUUCCCGAUUUUUGAUAUUAACCAUGAGUGAUAAUUAAGUUAUUUGAGAUGAGUGAGAACUGUGAUUUUUUAUAGUCUUGACUUGUAGAGGUAUCUUCAAGUAAAUUUUCAAGAGACGAGUUUACAAGGAUUGCGCCGUAUACACAAAAUACGAAGUGAAAAAAAAAAAGAAAUGUGUACCUAUUCUUCAAGACUGGUAAUCGUUGUGUUUUAAUAAAGAAGUCACAAAAAAAA